AUGUCUGCAACUAGUUCUCUCAAGAACAGGCCAUCUGCACUUUCCACAAAGUCUUUCACUCGAUAUGAGCCUUCUUCUCCCUCCAAUUCCACCUCCCGAGCCAGGGCUAGCACAACAUCAUCAGUGUCCUCUCUAAAGUCUCCCAAGAAGGUUCCGAGUGAUCGAGAAGAUGUAUUUCAGAAGCCACUUAAUGAGGACAGCGAGCCUCCUUCCCCAGACCUUGAAAGGGCCAACACUCUGCCGGAUAAUUUCGAUGAGUUACCCAUAGAGCUGGCAAGUCUCAGUGACAGAUUUGUCGACUCGCUCAAAGCAAAAGUCUACACCGAGCCUCCUUCCGUCGACCAAUUGUCCGAUCUUUUUCAAGAAUUUUAUGCCCGAGCCUCUGGUGCUAUUGCCAUCCAUAUCUCCGCCCUGAAGUCACGAUUGAACCGUGAACACUCCCCUGCACCCUCCAAGGCUGCUUCAAAGUCCAGAACCCUCUCUGCGAGGCAAUCGAGUGACUCUCUCAAACCUCGAGACUCUGCAGGCGGUUCCCAGCAGAUGUUGACUGCAUCUGAGGUCACCGAGAAGCGUAAGCAGCGGAAAAUGCUCGAGUAUAAGCGUAUCUUGCUAGAAGAGGCAGUGGAGAGGAGGGUCUGUGAAAACAUCUAUGACAAAAUCUGGAGACACAAGAGUACUCUGGAUGAGGUCCGCGAUGAGAAACUUCGUUCGAAAACUGCUGCCCUGGCUCUUGUUGGAAUAGGAUUGAAAGAUCUCGGUAUUGAAGUCAAUGCGGACCAGGAAAAGUCAGUUGAAGAUGUGCAGGCAUCUUUGAUUCCCGCCAGAGAAGGCCUGGCCAAAAUGAACGAUGAGAAAUACCCCCUCGGAAAACUAAAACACUUGACUGCUGCUCACAAAGCCAUUGUUGAUACACUCUACACCAUUCAUCCAUCUUCUUCCUCAGCCGAUGAAAUUCUGCCCACCUUGAUCUACACCUUGAUCACAUCCCCUAUUGAAGGCAUCAAUAUCAUAAGUAAUCUCUACUUUAUCCAGCGCUUCCGAGCUGCCCCCAGGAUUGACGGUGAGGCUGCUUACUGCCUUACGAACCUCGAAGCUGCAAUUAGUUUCCUUGAGAACGUCGACUUAGCAAGCUUGAGAGCAGACGAGAUGCCGGAGGGACCCAAGAAGAAUAUCACUCAGGACGAUGAUGAAACGGCAGAGAAACUCGAAGCUUUCCCCACUCUGCCAGGAAGUGUACCCUUUCCUUCCACACCCACUACAAGCACUUCGCCCUCUACUGCCACUGCUUCUAAUGUCGUGGCAAGCCCAACCGGUUCAAUUUUGAAACCCUUGCCUGAGAAGCCAGCGCCCCCUGUGACCCGCCAUCAGCGCACCUUGUCUGAUAUCCUGCUGCCCAUUAGUAAUGCCAAUGAGGCCGUUCGCUCAACAGCUGAAGAAGGGUUCAAAAAUAUAUCCAGCACACUGGAUAACAGUUUUAAGUUCUUGCUUGGGAGGCUUAAGGAACGAGGCACAGAGGAUGCCAACGCCGAAGUAAUCGUUCCCAAGACCCUGGAUGAAGCUCGUCAACUGGUGAACCGGCCACUGACCCCCGAGGAAGAUGACAACGCCCUGAGUGAAUCUAGUUCAGUACACGAUGGCCAGAACACCCCCAGCAAUCCCACUCUCACCAAAACAGAAGACAAAAUCCUUAGUCUCUUGGGAGGACGGAAGUCAACAACUGUCCGUGAGAGGAGUGUGGACAGUGUCCAGAGCAAUGGUAGUGGUCGGAGACUGGCCUUUCUCCAAGGAAAUCCCGACGGAGCGGCUGCUGCUCCAACAUCCUCAAGAGCCGCAUCUAUUCCUCAACCUACGUCUAACAAUCCACUGGAAUCUGUCAAAAGCUUUGGCGGCAGCCUUAAUCCAAUAAAUCACAUUGGCUCUGCAUUUGGGGGAGCCUUUGGUCGAUUUGGGAGUCGAGCAACUGCCUCUGCUUCUCCACCUUCAGCUUCUACUCCCGCGAUUGUUGUAGACAAGGACAACAAGUCGCCCCUAGCGGACAAAUUUCCUAAGAGUGCAUCAUUGUCGACCCCUGAGGACGGUGCGACCAAGACUCCUAUGCGCAUUCCCAAUCAAGACGAAUUAUCACCCAUCAAGGCGGCACCUCCUGUUUCCCGGUUCAUGUCCGUGGCUGAUGUCAAUGACCUGAAAAUUGGUGACGUCCAGUUAUUACUUAGUGACUACCAACGGCUGGCUAGGAUCCUGGGCCAACUUGUUCAGCGAGCCGAGGAAUCUGCAGAUACAGAUGAGAACACAAGUGAGGCCACCGCAAGCGACCAGGAAAAGGAUUGA